AUGUCGCUGCCCGCGAGCGCGCUCGAGCCCUUUGCCGACGCGGAUGUAGACGAGGAGGAGGCCGCGGGCAUCGCGAUGGACUCGAGAGCUCUCGCCGACGCGGCGAGCUUGCUGCUGCCAGAGCUGGAGGAGCCCUCCACCAGUGGCGCCUCAGGCGUCGCGGAGGCUGAGAGUGCAGCAGGCGCUGCACUGACGUCGCAGCUGGCGCUGCGCGUGCUCCGCGACGCCAUCGGGCUGCAGCUGGCGCGCCGGGGAUUUGACGGCCUCCGAGCGAAUCCCCUCUCGCUCGUGGCUGAGAUGGCGGCGCACUUCAUCGGUGGGCUCGGCGUCCAGCUGCAGCUGGUCGCACCGCCGCGGACUGCCUCUCCCGAGCGGCGGCCCGACCCGAUGGUGCCGUAUGUCAACGCGAUGGCGGGCAACUCGCUGCUCCAGCUGGUGAGGCAAAAGCAGCCGUGCCUUGGCGGAUCCCCGCCGCCAGCCGUGCUGCAGCUCUACACUGCGCUGCGCGCGACGUGGCACUACAAGAUGACUCCUCAGGGCCGCACCGCGCACACCCAGGCGGGGCACGCCGACGGGGCCAACCGCGCGGCGGUGGAGCCGAACGCGCUGCAGGCCGCGCUGGCGCCCUCGGAGCUCUGCCACGUCGUCUCGCUCAGUGCAAAGGCGCGGCGCACGGCGGACGCGUGGCUCUCGGGGCAGCCGGGCGGAGGCGGCGGCGCUCCACCCCCCACACUCUUCCCGGGGCCUCUCCUCGCGCGCAUAGCUCGUUGCAGCGCGGUGAAAAAGGGCCUGCGGGUUGAAGGCAGCGGAGUCGUCAGCCUGCCCCAUCUCAUCUCCGUUUCCGGCGACGUGAUGGUGACAAACACCGCGCUCUCAAAAAUCAAAAUGGAGAGCCUCACCACCGUUGGCGGCUUCGUCGAUAUUUCUGAGAAUGCCAAGCUCACAGACAUCGAGAUGGAGAACCUCAUCUACAUCGGCGGCGACCUCAACGUGGACGAGAACGAGAGCCUAACGUUCCUCGAGAUGAAGAGCCUGGCGUACGUCGGCCGCGACCUCACCGUCAACUCCAACCCGCUGCUCACAUCGGUCGAGACGGAGAGCCUCACAACCGUCUAUGGUGAUCUGAUCGUGGACUAUAACCCCGAACUCGGCUACCUCGAGCUCGACAGCCUUGACAGCGUCGGGAAGAACUUCGUUGUGCAUAAUAACAACCCGGACCCACAGCGAUGCGCCAUCGGCAUCCUCUCACACGACUGCAAUGAGAGGUGCGAGUGCAACCCAAUCGAGGAGAGGUCCGACUCAUUUUGA